AAAUUUUCAGAAGCGGUCAAAUCAAGACAUUUUUAGAUUUGAAUUGAGUUCAGCCACAUCAUGUCUAGUAACGUUCAUUCUUCAAGUAACGAAGACGAUGCCAUCGUGAUGAUGCAUAAUAUAGUAUACGCGUACUAAGUACGUUAUGUCAGUAUGCAAAGAGAACAGUGAUGAUCCAACUCAAAAGUACUUUUUCGUGAGUUAUGUCUGUACAUAUGGACGUAAACGCAGUUCGUUAGAGUCAGAUGCUUGCGUUCAGGAUGUAGAUGAUGAUAGUAAUAAUCAUUCUUCUGAAGAGCAUACAACUUCUAACUCGCCAACACAACCUAGGCAAAGGAGACGACGUCGGUCAUCUACGUAUGCCUUACUUCAAAUGAAUUUAUCCUUCAGGUCGAAAUAUUGCGCUUCAAUGACUACAUGCUGCCCUGUGGUCAUAUUUUGUAUGCACAUUCUAAAGAUCUGAUUCGUGGAGACUUAUUUCGACAUAGCAACAAGUGGACAAGAAAAUACAUAAUGGACCUGGUUCUUCGUGCGCUCGACAACAUCUCAAUCUCUAC